CCGACUGCGGCGCCACGUGGGUGCGGGGGCGGCUGCAUCACAGAGCGGCGCGGGGCGCCAUGGAGCCGGGGCCCAUGAACAUCUGUGAGGAAACCGCGGUGCUGCACGGCGGGUUCCUGCUGGCCGCGAAGCGCUAUCACCCCAAGGCACUGGCGGAUUUGGCCAAGGCUGACUGGCACCAUGUCGGGCCACCCAUCACCGAUGCCUUGAAGGAGAUCUGUGCUGGCCGCACCACCUCCCUGCCCCAGCCCCGCAGCUGGAAGAAGAAAGCCGUCAUGAUCAUCUGGGCCAAAAUCCUCCUGCCCAGCCCCGGGCCCUCCAAGGUUGACCAGAGGUGGAAAGAUGACGCCUUCUUCUCGGUGUGCAACAUGAUCCCCCGUCUCAACCGCACGGUUCUGUUUGAGCUGCUUAAAGCGUUGAAUGCACCCCGGCUCUUUGUGCAGCUACUGCUGGCACUGCCCACGGGCAUCUGUCAGCAGGAGCUCGAGCUGUUGGUUGAGCACGUUGUGAAUGAGACGACCCCAUCGGACUUGAGGUUUUUCUUGGACGUCUGGUGGGAAAUCAUGAAGCACAAGGAGGGGCAGCAGGACCAAAUGAUCCUGACAUUCAGUGCCCUUAUCCACCAGCACCUGUCCGAGCCACUGGAUGAGGGCUGCCAGCCUCCAAAAAGGUUUAAAGGCGAUCCCCUGUCCGUGCACGACUCCCCUCUUACCACCGAACUGCUCACAGUCCUGGUUGAUGGGCUAAAGCAUCUCUAUGGAUGUAUUGUCACUCCCAGAAUGAAAUGCUAUGCCCUGGCCAACCUGGUAGAUCUGCUGUCGGUGUUCACUGUAGUAGAGCAGGAGUCCAGCGUGCUGCCCACCGUGGAGUAUCUGGACAAGAUCACAUCCGUAGUCAUUCUCUGGAAUGGUGACCGUGAGAGCCGCUACCACCCGCGGGGGCUGGAGGAGAAGGUGAAGGAGGCGGAGCGGAGCGUGAGCUUGCUGUCCGUGGUCAAGCUGUCCAGCGAAGAGCUUUUUGUCGGCUUACGCUUCUUCCACAACCUGCUGCAGGGCUGGAGCGAAGAGCUGCAGUGCAUGCUGAACAGCCGCCAGGAGGUUUGUUACGAGGGCUACCGACUCCUCGACAGCCUUGCCACCUUCGGGAAGAACCUGCUGUGCUUUGCCGAGGCCAGGGAGCUGGGCAAGGAUGAAAAGCAGGUGGUCCUGGAGCUGGCAGAGAUCAUCAUGGGCUUCCUUAAGCAGAUCAACCCUGACCUGCAGGGCAAGGACUCAGACAGCAGCGUUAUGGCCUCGGUGGCCAUGACAAUCAUUGAGCAGAAGAUGGACAGGCACCUGGAAAUGUGCUCCAUUUUUGCCUCUGAGAAGGCCUGGGCCUUCUCGAGGGACUGGGUCGCCUGCCUCAUCAAGAACAAAGUCCUCUUCCAGAAACCAGACCUGGUUUUGAAGCUGCUGGAGACCACGGUGACUUUCAGUCUCUCCUCCAACAACCGAGAGAGCCAGGAAUUGCAGGUCAAGGUAACCAAAACCAUCCUGGAGUGCUACACUGAGCUGUCGCUGCCCGACAAGAACAAAGUGAUCUCGGGCGUCCUGGACUCCUGGGGCGGGCGGGGCCUAUCCUUGAGCUUGAAGGCUUUCACCGAGGGCUUCCAGGAGGAACUGAACUUGGCUUUUAACCAGAUCACGCGAAGCGCGUCAGAUCAGGGCCUGACCAAGGCUGUGGCCUCGGUGGCGAGGCUGGCUCUGCUCCACCCAGAGGCCACGGUGAAGAAGGUUUGCAACCUUGCAGUCGUCAACCUGGGGACACACGAGUUCCUGGCACAGAUCCUGUGCUCAUUCCCAGCGCUGAGCUUCCAGGAAGCCCAGGAGGGCUUGGACAGGGGGGGCAGCCUGCUGGUGAGGUGCCUGAAGGAGACGGUGUGGGGGAAGCUGUCUACUGCAAAAGAGAAGGAGCAGUUCCUAGAGUUCUUGGCUGUUCUCCUGCAGCCAAGCUCGGCAAGUCCUCUCCUCUCUCCCGGUGAGGUGACCCAAGCCUUCGUCCUGCCUUACUUGAAAUCAGACUGUACCCACAUUGAGCUAAGCCUGCACAUCCUUAACAAGGUCCUGGGGCUACAGUCGGGGCAGGACGAACACUGGAUAAAGACCUGCCACCCCUUCCCUCUCCUUCUUGGCCUCUGCAAGCUCCUAGACAGCUACACACAUUACUGGCAUCAGGUGAAGGACCAACCCUGUCCUGCACUGGAGACCAAAGACUUGGUAGCUGCCACCUUGGCCCAGCUGUGCGAGGUGGUGGAGCAGAAAGCCGCCCCCUCUCUGGAGGUCUGGAACCAGUCGCUGGCCUGGCUGCACCGCAGGGUGGAGCCAUUGGACUGGACGGUCGGUCUCCGGCUGAAGAAGCUUUAUGGCAAUCAUUUCAAGAACGAGGUCCCAGCCACGCUUUUCGAGAUCUGCAAGCUCUCGGAGGACGAGUGGACAUCCCGCCCACUCCUGGCCUAUGGGCCAGGCAGUGGUCUCCUGGCGUGGAUAGAGUGCUGCUGUAUCUCUACUGCGCUGCGGGAGCAGAUGCUGGUGCUUCUGGCCAUCAACGUGGACAAUCCCGAAGAAGUCAACCUCUUCAGCAAGGGCUUCCUGGUGGCCCUUGUCCAGAUUCUUCCGUGGUGCACUCACGGGGAGUGGAAGAGGCUGGCCCACGUGAUCCAGAGCUUGCUGCAGCGGCAGGUCCUCCACGUGCCCUACAGCUUGGAGUACGUGCAGUACAUGCCGCUACUGAACCUCAAGCCGUUCGCCCACCCACUGCAGUUCUCCGUGCUCCUCCUGCGAGGGUUCCAGUUCCUGUGCAGCUCCAGCUGCUCCACCUGGCUGCUGGAGGAAGCCUGGCAGCACAUGGUGAGACUCUACUGUGCCAGCCUCACGGAUCUGCUGGGCACAGUCAAGGGGGCCCUGCCAUCCCCCUGUCCCACAGCUGAGGACAAGGACCUGACACAAGAGGCCUCUUUUGUCUACAUCCAGCUCUUCUGCCACGUGCUGCACGUGGUGGCCAUGCUCCCAGACAACGGCUGCAGCGAGCCCCUUGGGGUGCUGGCCCUCGAGACUGUCUCGCAGUAUGACGCGCUCUGCGCCAUCGACCGCUCCCUCAACAGCUCACUCCGGAGGGCCAACGAGAAGUACUUCCUGGCAUCAAUCGCUGACAGUGUCAGCCACCAGGAGCUGCGUGCCGCGCUCCAGCAGAAGCUGAGCAAGCUGUGAGCUGGGCUGGGCUUGCCUGGAAAUGCGGCGCCCCGGCUCGGCCCUGUGGGUCGCAAGCACUGGGGCUGCGUGGUGUGGAAACUCCCCAGUGGAGGAGGUGGUAGCUGCAGAUUUGUUACAUCUAUAAUAAACCUUUUGCUU